AAUUGACAAAAGGGCUGAAUCUGAUACCCUAAUUCUCAGUCCACAAUCACCACUACCACCCGCCGACCAGCAACUCCACACAGAUUCUUGAAUAAUCAGUCAAUCCUCAAAUUCAGCUUUUUUAUUCAUCUUCUUGCUAUUGAUUUGGUGUGGGAAAAAUGAAAAAUUUAGUCUGUAAUCGAUAUUAAUGGAUCACCGCAGAAUCAACGGCGGCGCCACCACUCCCCAACCACCGUCAUGGGCCUUCUCCACCACCUCCUCUCCCGAACCGUUUCAACCCCGUCAAAAUCCCACCAUCUACUAUUCACCCAAUUCUCCCACCAAUUCUCCACCUCCUUCCUCAUCACAAAAACCCCCAAAAAAUUCAAGAAAAAACGCAAGAAAAAGGAAAGCCCACGAACCAAAUUGGUUCAAACCGAACCAAACCUAAUCUCCCACUUCGAAUCGAUCCUAACCAGAGAUGCCCAUUUCAGAUUCCUAACCAAAACCAAAGAAUACCUCUCCAAACAGCCCCAACAAAUCCUCCGCCUCGACGACGCCGGCAAGCUCCACCAGCCGCUCGGCUUCCCCCGCGGCCGCAAAGUCCUCAAAUCCAUCCUCCGCCACCCUCUCAUUCUCCAGACCUACCGCCACUCCGACAACAAAAUAUGGGUCGGGUUCACCGACUUCAUGGACCAAUUGUUGCUCACCGAAUCGGAGAUCGCGAACCGCUUGGAGCGGCAGAGGGUGGAUGUUGUCCGAAAACUAUUGAUGAUGUCGGCGAAUAAGAGAAUACCGUUAAGCAAGAUUUAUCAUAACAGGCUCUUGUUCGGCAUACCGGAAGAUUUUAGAGAUAGAGUCGUAAAAUACCCCGAUUAUUUUAGAGUAGUGGUUGAAGAAGACGGAAAACGAAUUCUUGAAUUAGUUGAUUGGGAUAGUUCGUUGGCGGUGAGUGCUUUGGAGAGGGAGUUUUUAGUGGACGAGGAUAAAGUUAAACGGGCUUUCAAAUUCCCGGUCAAACACGGCAAGUUAUUGGAGUUGGAUUUCGAGGACGAACGGAAGUUGAACCUUUUGAACACGUUGCCUUUGGUUUCGCCGUAUUCGGAUGGGAGCAAGUUGGAUAUGUGGACUUUGGAGGCGGAGAAGUAUAGGUUGGGCGUCGUGCACGAGUUUUUGAGCUUGACGUUGGAGAAGAGGGCGUACAUACAUAACAUUGUGGAAUUCAAGGAGGAGUUUAGUUUGACGAAGCAUACUUACCAGAUGCUUCUGAAGCAAGCGCGGACUUUUUAUCUUGCCGGUACGGAGAUGAAUUGGUGCGUGUUUUUGAAAGAUGGUUACGGUGGAGAUGGAGAGCUUGUUGAUAAGGAUCCGCAAGUUGUGUUUAACGAGAGGCUUUAUGAAUAUGCGGAUAUGCAAGAAUUGGAAUCCCGGUGAAGCUUUGGAUUUUUGAAAUGAGUUGUCGGGGAUGGGAUUCGGUGUUGUAUGUGGUCAAAUUUUUUCGAGCGCGACAAUUGAUAAAGAGAUAUUCGGACAUGAAUCCGAUGUAAACUUCGAAAAAGGGUAACAUGGAACCGAGUGGGAGCAUAGUCCUAGAAAUUUGCUCAUCGUGCAAUGGGUACAAUGUGUAGACUAAUGUGGUAUGUUUGUUUAAUAUUGUGUUGCUUAAAGAACAAAAGUGUUUUAGAAGGGGGCGGCUAUUGGCAAUACCAUUUUUUCUUUCGUCACUGGCAUUUGUGUUUGUGGUCUUGUGUUCGUUAAUGAUAGUAGUGUAGUUUCUUUUGGAUGGUCUCGCACUAAGCAAAACUGGUAUUUCGAAUAGCCGCCCCCGUUUUA